AUGUGGCCGGCCGGGCGCCAGCUCGGGGCCCUGGUCUGGAAGAACUGGCUGGUCCGAUGCCGGCACCGGGUCCUUUGCCUUGCGGAGUUCCUCUGGCCAUGCAUCCUGUUCAUCAUCCUGACAGCACUUCGUUUUCAAGAACCUCCCCGGCACCAAGACAACUGUUACCUGCAGCCCCGGGACCUGCCCAGUCGGGGUGUCCUCCCGUUUGUCCGGGGCCUCCUCUGCAACACCGGGGCGCGGUGCCGGAACACGAGCGACACGGGGCCCACGCAGCACCAUCUCCGUCCGUCUAGGUCCCAAGCCACAGAUGCCCAUCACGGGAUCCAUGACCUGGCCUUCUUACAAGAGAUGCAGGACCUGGCUGAUGACGUGCGCGAGCUGAUGGACAAGGCAACAGACUUAAAACAACUGUGGGUGGAACACUCCGGGGCCCCAGGUUCUCCUUACGGCUCCAGCUUCUUAACAGUAGAUCUCAACAAGACGGAGGAGGUGAUAGCGGCGUUGGAAAGCCUUCACCAGCAGCCCCAGGUCUGGGACUUCCUGCUUUUACUGCCCAGACUGUACGCACAUCCUGUCCCCAUCGACGAUGGCCUCCGCGGUGCCACCCACCUUCUCCAGGCUGUCUUGAAUUCCUUCGCGUCUCUGGAAGAUCUAGAUUGGCUGCCACUCAACCCUGCUACCUCCAGAGCUUCCAAAAUGCUGCUGAAGGCGACCAUUUCUGCGCUGACGUUCCUGCAGGACCAUGGAGUGGCAGCCACAGAGCCGGGGCGCGGCCUGUCCCUGCGCGGCCUGCUGCGGGCCCCCGAGGAGGUGCAGGCGGACCUGCAGGCCCGGUUUGGAUUUGAUGACCUCCACGCGGAGCAAAUCCUGAAUUACUCGGCUGAACUGGACGAGAUUCCCUCAGACCGUUGGUUGGAGCGGAUGGUGUGCUCAGCCUUGUCCCGAGCCUCCAAGGACAAAGCUGACGGGGAGGGUCCCCCUGGAGACUGUCACGCCAGCUGGUCAGCAGCCAAAGCCUACCUGGUCCACGCGGUCAGCUGGCCGCAGGUCUACAAACAGGUGCUGUGCCCAUCGAAGCCCCGUGUGCGUGUGCUCCAUCGGUGGCGGGAGGGCGGCCGAGGCCUGGCGGCGCUCAGGAGCCUGCUGGAGCGAGACCGCUCCCUGCAAGAGGUGGCGGACGCUUUGCAGGCUGGGCUGCUCCUGCUGAUGGGCAGCGCGACAACGGAAGGCCCCGGCAGCAACGCUCCGCCAAACGCGGUCUUAAAUGCCACAAAAGAACAUCUCAUGAAGGAAAAGAAGUUGGAUGCCCUUGAGGAUGAGCAAAUGAACUUUCUUUUGUCCUUCGUGGAAUUUUUGGAGAAAUUGUUGUUGCCUAACCCUCUUGACUCAUCCAGCGGUCCCACUGAGACUCUUCUAAAUGCAAGUCAUUCCUGGAUAAAUCACUUAAAGAAUUUAGGAAGAGAGCCAUCUGGUUUUGAUGCUCAGAAACUUUUGGAAUUUGGCAAAGAGGUGAUUGAAAAAAUGCACACUCUUAAAAAGAAGGAAUCAAGCUAUAUUUUGAGAUUUAUGGAAACAGUACUUUCUGAAAUUAACCCCAAGCUCCUGGAAUUGUGGACGUAUGGCAUUUCCAAAGGAAAGAGAACUAAAUUCGAAAACUUGUCUACACUUUCAAAUUUUUCUGUUCUAGAAAAGGAGAGGAUUCUUAGUAAAAGCUUUAAUUUUUCCAGGUUGUUUCACUCGGAUUGGCCUGAGUCACCAGCUGUGGGAAUGUAUUUUGUUCGCCUAAGUGAAUCUAUAAUCCACAGUCUCUAUGAACUUGGGUUCCUGAGGCAGGAGCAAGUCUCGGAGGCUCUGGCCACUGUCUAUGCUGUGAGGAAUGCAUCUGCUCUUUUCUCGGCCCUUUCUGAACCGCAAAGACAAGAAGUUGAUAACAUUUUGACUCAGAUCUAUCUAAAUGUCUUUAAGGACCCAGAUUCAGCUUUUCUUCUGCAGGCUUAUUCUUCAUUUCACCAAUACACUGACAAAUUAUUGGGCAUCCAGAGGGGAGAGUCUUUGUUCUCUUUCCUGACUCAAACCUCGAAGCACAUUUUUGAGAUUAUGAAGCAAUUUAAUUUUCAAAAUAUCAGCAAAGCAUUUGCAUUUUUAUAUGAGACAACAGAACUUCUUGGGGGAAUUUCUGAAGUAUCUUAUUGUCAGCAGUUGCUUUCAGUUUUCAACUUUUUGGAGCUUCAAGCCCAGUCCCUGUUGUCUGCAGAGCGCCCAGAGUUGGAAGUGAUCCACGCUACUUUGACCGGCCUCAAACAGCUGCUCAUGGGGGAUGAAGAUUUUCGUAUUUCUUUAUUUCAGUAUGUGAACCAGCUCUUCAACAGUUCAGUAGGAACCCUGUUGGGUAAUGAAUGCUUUGCUUUGAAUAAUAAAAUCACUUCUUCUAUGAGUUACUCAGUAGAUGGAGGGCCUCCACUUACUCUUCUGUGGGCACAGAUUCAUUCAAACCUCUCCGCAGAUGGCAGCGUGCUCAGUGAGUGGAUGGCUGUUCACUGUUUCAUUUCGUGGCUUCAGACGUGGGCUGAAAUCUGGGGAAGCACAGCUCAGAUGUUGGAGCUGGAUGUGAAUGCUUUCACUCCUCUUCAUAUCGCACUUACCCAGCUUUUGGGUGAACUGGAAAGUGAUGUGAAAAUUUCUAAAAGCUACCAGGGAAUAUUUCCCAUUCAUCGCCCUGCUACACUCAUAUUAAACCUGCUGAAAAACAUGACUCAAGGUGGCGGCUUCCAUGAUCGGGAUGAUUUUCGGGAUCUCAGGGCCCUCUGGGGAGCAGUACGUGAUGCAUUGGUUAGAGUCAAGUUGCUCCACCCGGACCAGGUGGAGAAAUCCCUUUCCACUCUGGACACCGCCCUGAGUCAGCUGCAGGCAUUUCCGCUCAACACAAGAGCAGGCAGGGAGUUUUUGUAUUCUGUGCUCAAUGUGUUCACGGGGGUAAGCAAUACCUCAGGCUAUAGAGACAGACAUACACACUUGGUCCAUCACUUCCUUUUAAAUAACCUCACGGAUUAUGAAGUAAACUCUGAAAGCAUCAUCACUGACCUAAGAGAAACAAUAUUAUUUCUUAGAAAUGUGUCACAUGACCAUACUUUAUUGUCCUGUGCUGAUAGUUUCCAAAACAUCAUUGAAUUUAUUUUGGAAGAUGGCUUAUUACAUGUAAAUACUACACAGAGGGCGUUACGUAUUCUGGCCAUGUUAAAUUCCUUCUUUUCCUCCGAGGACAUCAUGAGUAGACUGAAAGGAUGCGUUGAAUGGGUGGACAUCUUCAAUCAUUCGUAUGUGGCCCAUAACCCUAGUUUUUCACAAGGCCCUCUUCAGGGUGUUUUGAAGCAUUUCAGUGAUGUGGAAAACAAAAUUAACUCUACACUGACACUUGUUACUUGGCUGUUGAAUACAGUGGAAUCUGGUUGUUCGUUGAAUGAGUCAAAUGUAAAUUGUAUGGCUAUUUACUUAAAAAAUGUAAUUGACUUCCUAAAUGUUAUACUAACAGCAGUAUUUGAAAAAGAAAAGGCACCAAAAUUGGAGAUUUUAUUAACUCUUUUAAAUAAUUCCACAAACCAAGUAAGUAUGCUUAUCAACAACUUAACAAGAAACUUUGAAUUUGCAUCUCAAUCCAACUGGAAACAUUUUACUGAAUUAUUUCUAAGACCUAUAGAAAUGUCAGAAGAAAUUCCUAGCCGAUUUCAAAAUACUUGGCUGCAUUUAGUAGAUCUGGGGAAAGAAAUUCAAGAACUUGUGAAAGAUAUUUUCCCUAACAUUCUGGAAAAUAACUUUUCUUCUAAAGCUGAAAAGUUCUUAAAUAUGUUUACUGCCAGUCCAAAGGGAAAGGAUGUGCAUCGUUUAGGUAAUUCACUUUUUCAUUUAGCAAGUUACCUUGUCUUCAACUUAUCAGAUGAUCUCCAAAAUUCACCCCAAAUAAUUCCACAUGAAAUAACGAGAGCUGUGGGUCUUGGUAUUCAAUUGAUUAGGGAUGUGUUCAACUCCCUAAUGCCCCCAGCCCAUCACAAUAUUCCAGAAGAUCCAGGUAAUAAAGUUUUAAAGAAGAUAGCUUCUUUCCUGCUCACCCUAAAGAAGAUGGACAUAGACCUUCUGGUAGACCAACUCGAACAAGUUGGUGAAAGCCUAAUCGACUUUAUAAAGAAUAUCAGUAGACCAGGUACUGACAGUUUGGGGGUCAAGUUGCUUGUUGGCUUGAUGGAGAAGUUUGUAGACAGCUCCCAUUCUUGGAAUGUCAAUCAUCUGCUGAGGCUGUCACGCCUGUUUCCCAGAGAGGACGUGGAUGCUGUGGUGGAUCUGUACUAUGCCCUCCCUCACGCUGUGAGGCUCCUGCAGAGAGUGGUGGACAAGAACGUCACCAAAGCCCUGAAGGAUGUCUACGACUUCACAGUCCUUCAUGGCAUAGGCAUUUCUCAUGUCACCAAGGAAGACUUUGUGUUUGUGAUGAAAGCUCUCCUGGACACCAUUGAAUUAGUAUCAGAUAAGCCAGGGGUUCUUGCCCAGGUCGUAACUUGCCUUCCUGUGGUUUGGUGCCGGAAUUACACAAUAUCUGGAUUUUACAGCAAAGUGGCUAGUAUACUUGACCACCUCCACCUGUCUCCCCCGGCUGAAGUUUCACAAUGUUCAAAUAAAAGCUCACGGACGGAAAUAACUAAGAAAGUGGUCUGCGUAAUUCAUGAGCUAGUGGACUGGAGCUCCAUUCUUCUAGAGCUGUCUGAAGUCUUCCACGUGAAAUCCUCGCUUGUGAAAACUGUGCAAGAAUUUAGGCGAAAGGUGUUUCCAUUUGUCCUAUCUGGAAAUCAGAGCAAGGGUAGCACCUCUGGACUCUGUCCCCCUGGCCCCCUGAAGCAAGUUGCUUUAAAAAUCAUAGAAAAGUUUAGAAACGUCAGUUUUACAAAAGCUACAUCAGAUGAAAACAUUCUUGAUAACUUAGCUCUUUUAAACAGGAUCCUUAACGAUGAAGGCGCAGAGGCAUCUCUUAGGAACCUUCCCUUAAGUUUGGGAAGGGCGAUAAAUUCACUUUCUGGGGAUGAGAGCCUAGGAAAUAGUACUCGCUCUGUAGUCUCUCUAUUCAUGACGUUUUUGAAUGCAAACCUUCUAGGAAGGCAUUUCGAAGCACUAUCAAGUUUUAUUAAAAAGAGUAAAACAGCUUACAAGUUUGAAGAUCUGUGGCUUGAGUCUGAACAAGCCAUGAAAGAUCCAAACCUCAAUUUCAAGAGAAGAACCCUGUUCUCUAAAAUAAAGGAAGAGAUUCCAAUGAUUAACUCAGUGGCUCUUCAGAAAAUGACUGAGCAACUGGUCCACAUUUUGGAAAGCCUGAAUUCAUCAUCGUUGCCUUCAUCAGAAACGACCCAAGGUUUUCCAUCCGUCACAAAAAACUGGCUUCGUAAACAUGCAAGUGAAGAACACUCCAGAAUAAUACAAAUAAUCUUCCUCCUUCUGGUCAGUGAGAGUUCAACAUUGGCUAAAGAUAUUAAUACCUUUUCGGACUAUCUCAAAAACAUUUCCAGAGGAAGUGAUUCUCACAGUGACCUUCUUGCUCAACUGUUCAACCAAGAACAGUCAACCAAUUUCUCAGUUGCGAGGUUGCUUUUGAAAAGUUUCCUAAUUAAUUCAGUCAAUAAUUUAGCUGCGGGCUCUCGACACGCAGCCUGGAACUUAAGUGACACUGACCUUCAGAUCCUGAAUCUCAUUAACCUCACCUUGAACCAGACACCGUUAGAAAAGGGUGAGAGGGUACUUCUCCCUCCAGGAGGCAUGGUGGAGUCCAUGGGACAGCUUUUGAAAACAUUCUUCACCUUUUUAGAAAAGGAAAGUUCUGAGGAUAAAACAUCUCUUUUGCUGAAAGACCUCCACGACAUCGUUGCAGGGAUGAGCUUUGUCCCAAAGGAUAAAGUUUUAGAAAUUCUGAAAGUGGACCAAUUUCUUACCUACAUGAAAGAAGAAAAAUUGAUGAGCAUUUUUUCAAGUUUGAAGGAGACUGUAUAUCACCUAAUCAAAGGAUGGUUCAUGUCAGACCACACAGACUUUUAUUUUGAUAACCACCGAGGAUGGAAGUUCCUGCGAGAUUUAUUUAACGCUCUUCUAAGUAAAACUUCUGUGAAAAAUAAGACUGAAAAUAAUUUGGAGUUUCUUACCCAGGUAAGUCAGUUGUUUUUCCACAUGAAUAGUUCUGCAAACCUCUCCCAGCUCAGCCACCAGCUCCAGGCAGCUCUUCACCUUAUGCGAGAAGCCUCAGUAGAGAUAGCAACUGUUAUGGAUUCUCUUUUAAACUCUCCCAACCAGGACCUCCGUGCCGCGUGUCCUUCCCUCCGAGAGAUUCUAUUUGCUAACCUGACUGAUCUGCUUUCCUUCACAAACCGCGCAUUCCCUCUAAGAAACAGAGCAACAUCAGAAACUACUAAGAGCCUUCUUGGUGUUACCUCAAGAGCUGGCGGAGGACGUCCCGUCCCGGAACCCCUCCCGGCAAUGCCUCGUGCCCUAGGCGUGCUGGUGAGCGCAGGUGUGGAAAUGAGGGACCUGGCCGCGUCUGUGAGCUCCACUGUGGGGCUGCUCCAGCUCUCCAGGGAAGUUUCCCGGAAGGUGGCCGCUGCGUUGGAAACUCAUCCUGUCUCGGGGACCAACGGCACCAUGAAAUUCUUUGAUUCUCUGUAUUCCGUUUUGCAACAGAAUGUUGGAAAUGUUGUGAAUGAAAUAACUGCUUUGAAAAAAGUGGAUCAGUUAGUAUUUGAAAAUAUAAAUGAGUUGUUGAUGCCAUUUCUGGACUUGGCCUUUGGGAUGAUUGGGAUCAAACCUAAUAUUUCCCAAGACUCUGGUAUUUUCAAUAUAUCAUCUAGCAUAUUGUCCUACGUGAACCAGUCCAGGGACUUUUCUGAUAUUUCAGAAAAAAUUGCAGAAUUUUUAACUUCUGGGGAAAUCAAUUUGGGAGACAUGAAACAUCUUCUGGUAGCAAUUAACAAUGGAAUGCAAAUAUUUCCUAUGGAUUCUGUCAACGUAUGGGAAGAAAUCCUAGAUUGCUUAAUUUCUAUAAAUCACAUCACCAACCAGACAGACUUCCUACGUCCGAAUCCCGUUUCCACACAUGGUUUCCCUUGGGAUGCUCACGCAGUGGCCCUGGUUUUGGAUGAAAUGCGGUCACGAGACAGCACAGACAUGGGGCCCCUCUUGGGAAUGGUGGCUGACCUGGCUGUCGCUCUGUGGGGUCCCUUAGAGAAGGAUGACUUGAAUGUUUCUCAGCUGUGGCUGACGUGGGCUCAGCAUGCAGACGCCCUUUUGAAAGCCGCUGGGACAGCCGUGGAGGUCGCCCGUGGAGGCGCCGGGAGUGGAGCCUCGGCGUUCACCUCCUCUCUGAUUCGGGCAGUGACGCCUCGGCACCUGGAGGAAGCCGCCCGGAGCGUGCUGAGCGGGGCAGCGCUCCUGCGGAAAGAGCUGCUCUUGAGCCACCCUCAGUGGACAAGUUCUGCAGAAACUGCGCUCCAGCCCGUCCUGGAGCUUUUCCUUAACGCAGCCGCUAGAGGGAGUGUCACGUCAGAGGAAGGGGAGAAGGCCCCGAGAGAGAGGGCCGCCUCUCCUGACCUCACACUGGCACUGGCACCGGCACCAUGUGAGAACUGCGUGAAGGGGUUAAUUGCGUGGACGGAGUCCUGGCAGGAAGUCCUGGCAGAUGAAAGUGUUGCCAGAAUGUGCCAGGAUUCCCAGCCGCCUUGGAAGCCCACAGCAGCCAUGGGGACCCUGCAGAGAGCGAAGACACUGGUUCUGCGUGUGCUGCUCAUGCUCACAGAAAACCCAUCCUUGGCCAGCGAUGCCCUGUGUGCUGCUCAGAGCUGCCAGCCAGGUGGGAUGAGGUGGCUCAUUGUGUCUGCUCUGCAGGGGGUCCCUGUGCUGCAUGACUUCUACCAGGACCUGGAGAAGGUGUGGUCCGCGCCCGGUCAGCUGGACUGUGAGGGUCUCCGCGGGAACCUCUCCCGCUCCCUGCGGCGCUUCAAGAGCCACCUGGAGAGCGCCGCCGCCCGGGGCUGUGCGUGCCCGCCCGCGUGGGACUGGACCCCGCGGCGCCUGCACACGUAUGUCAGUGGGCCCCCUGCACCACGGUUUCCUUCAGAUGUGAGAGUGAGAGACCUGAUGAAGAACCUCACCGCCUUCACUGAGGAGCUUCGCUCUGCCCACCUCUCAGAUGACACCAUCAGCAGUAUUUUGGAAGCAGAUAUUUCCCGCUCACAGGUCCUGCCCGGCGCCCUGACGGUGGCUCUGUCCGGGAGAUGUGACCAGGACGUGCUGCGGCUCCUGCUGGCCCUCCCUGAGGACGGGAAGGCUGGCUUUGCCACUGAGGAGCUGUGUGGCCUGCCCGGGGCCAGCGUGUACGCUCUGCUUGUGUCUGUGAUGCGCAACCUGGACCUGCGCAACUUCAUUUACAAGACCCUGAUGCCGGCGGAAGCCAAGGGCGUGCUCAGCUCCCUCUUGGACGUCGUCGCCAGGCUCAGCCACCUGCUCCCCAGAGCCAGCCACAUCCUGGAACACCUCCCCCAGUUCCUUCACACGUCGAACGUCACAGCCUGGCUGGAUGUGCCCGGCUUUCAGCAGGUGUGUGCUCCCCCCUUGGACCCCGCCCGUUCGGCCUUCGGUUCCUUCCAGGCCGUGAUGACGACGGUUUGCCAGGAGCAAGAGUCUUUUCUCAGCCACGCGAACAUGUUCUUUAACUUGCCCAGGGUUCACGAGCUCUUGGCAAGUGACAAAGAAAAAUUCAACAUUCCUGAAGACUCAACACCAUUUUGCUUGAAGCUUUAUCAGGAAAUACUACAGUCUCCAAAUGGCGCUUUGGUGUGGUCCUUCCUAAAACCUGUAUUACAUGGAAAAAUACUGUACACACCCAACACCCCGGAGAUUAAAAAGGUCAUCCAAAAGGGGAACAGGUGGGGGCCCCGAGGGGAACAGGUGGGGGCCCCGUUAUCACAGACACUGCUGAGCGUGGCCAGCCGCUUCCAGAGCAGUGGGCAUGGCCAGAUGCUGGGGCAGCUGCAGGAAGUCCUGAGGAACAGAUUCAUAAGAAACUUUGUGGAAAGCCAGUUACUCAUCAACGUAGACAAACUGACUGAGAAGCUGCAGGCGUAUGAGAGUGUCAUCUUCAACAGCUCCUCCGUGCGCAGGCGCUCUGGCGCAGACGCACCCCCGCUGCCGCCCCGCGUGGCCUACACCAUCCGGACCAGCCUGCUGUACAGCAUGCGGACCGACCAGGCCGAGAACCCGUUCUGGAAGUUCCACCCCCAGAACCUGCCGGCCGACGGCUUCAAGUACAACUACGUCUUCGCCCCACUGCAAGACAUGCUGGAGCGGGCCCUCGUCCGCGUGCAGACCGGGCAGGAGGCCGUGGGGCCCGCCGCGGGAUUGCUUGAACAUCCCACACACACUUUCUACAUUCCCUGCCACAGCAGCGACCUAUUCUUGAACAACGUGGGUUUCUUCCUGCCCCUGAUCAUGAUGCUGACGUGGAUCGUGUCUGUGGCCAGCAUGGUCCGAAGGCUGGUUUACGAGCGGGAGAUCCAGAUGGAAGAGCACCUGCGGAUGAUGGGGGUGCACCCGGCCACCAGCUUCCUGGCCUGGUUCCUGGAGAACGCGGCGGUGAUGGCCGUGGGCAGCGCUGCCCUGGCCGUCGUCCUGAAAGCCAGCGGCAUCUUCGCGCACAGCAACGCCUUCAUCGUGUGCCUCUUCCUGCUGGACUUUGGGGUGUCGGUGGUCAUGCUGAGCUACCUGCUGAGCGCGUGCUUCCGGCGGGCGCCCACGGCCGCGCUCUGCUGCAGCCUGCUGUACAUGGCCAGCUUCCUGCCCUACGUCGUGCUGCUGGUGCUGCGCAGCCGGCUCAGUGCGGCCGCCCAGACGCUUCUGUGCCUCCUCUCCACGACCGCCUUUGGACAAGGAGUGUUUUUCAUCACGUUCCUGGAAGGGCAGGAGGCAGGGGUCCAGUGGGGCAACUUGGACCAGCCUCCGGAGCAGGCGGGCAUGGCGCUCGGCUGGGUCUGCGGGAUGAUUCUGGUCGACUCGGGCCUUUACUUUCUGUGUGGCUGGUACCUGAGCAACUUGGUUCCUGGCUCCGGGGGUGUCCAGAAGCCGUGGUAUUUCCCUUUCGUGGCAUCCUCCUGGAAGGGCGCGUGUGGCCUGGCCACCCGGAGGCCGUGCGCUCGGGCUUCCAGGCUGUUUUCCCUCCGUGAGGACGUCGGACACACAGGGUUGUGGCCUCAGCAGGGGAAAGGGGAGCGGGAAGGAGGCCCCCCGGGUGUCACCCUGGUGUCCGUGACCAAGGAGUACCAGCCCUGCCAGGCGGCCGUGAAGGACCUGACCCUCACCUUCCACAGAGGCCAGAUCACCGCCCUGCUGGGGGCCAACGGCGCCGGGAAGACCACCGUCAUACGUCAGCGGGACGUCCUGCUGGACAGGCUCACUGUCCUGGAGCACCUGCUGCUCUUCGCAGCCAUCAGGUCGCCGCAGUGGACGCGGGCGGAGCGCUGGCAGCAGGUGGACAAACAGGGUGGCAUCGUGGCAUUGCCCGCUCCCCGCUGCCUGUGCCAGGCCGGCUCUGACGCCGCCUUCUUGGCCGCAGGUCGGACGAUCAUCCUCACCACCCACCACCUGGACGAGGCGGAGGCGCUGAGCGACUGCGUGGCCGUCCUGCAGCAGGGCCGCCUCCGCUGCUGCGGCCCCCCCCUCGGCCUGACCGAGGCCUACGGCCAGGGCCUCUGCCUGACACUCACGAAGCAGCCUUCCGCUCCGGAGCUGGACAGCCUGCAGGACGCGGCUCGCACCACGGCCCUGAUACAGACCUACGUCCCACAAGCAUUUCUCAGGGACUGCAGCGGGCACACGCUGAGCUACGCCCUCCCCAGGGACGCCGACCGAGCCGGCUUCAAGGGGCUCUUCCAGGCGCUGGAGCAGAACCAGCACCGCCUGCGCCUGGCGGGCUGCGGGGUCGCAGACACCACCCUGGAGGAGGUGUUUCUGAUGCUCCUGCGAGAUCCCAGCGAGCAGUCUGACGUGGCUCCAGGGACGGCGUUGGAGGCGCAGAGCCCGAGGCCUCCAGCGCCCGCUCCCGGCUCCCACUACGGCGCCCCCGCCAGCUCCCUCAUGCAGGUGGCUGCCCUGCUGACCCAGCGGCUGUGCCGCACGCGCCGGGCCUGGCGGGGUGCGCUCUGUGACCUGCUGCUGCCCGUCCUCUUCAUGGCCUUGGCGAUGGGCCUGUUCAUGGUGAGGCCUCUGGCCACCGACUACCCUACCCUCCAGCUCACGCCUGGCCACAACAGGAAAGCCGAGACUUCCUUCUUCAGCAGUGACAGCGAUGGCAUGGACCUGGCCCGCGUGCUUCUGCGCGAGUUCGGAGACAGGGAGCGGCUCUGCGCCACCCUCGCCCCAGGCCUGACGAACGCCUCCUGUUGGCACCCGGAGCCCGCGUCUCACCCAGAAGCCCCGGGUUCCUGUGGCUGCCUGAGCUGCCCCAACGCCAGUGCCCGGGCCCCCGCCCUAACCGACCNNNCUGGGUGGCAUUUGUUGGGUAAAUCUUCCAGAAACCGCCUGGAGGAGUACCUGCUGGCACCUGGGGAGAGCCCCAGGCUCGGGGGCUGGUCUUUCGGAGGGCGAGGCCCGGAUCCUGCUCAAGAUGUGAACUCAAACCUGUCAAAACCAGAAAACCUCGCAAAGGUGUGGUACAACCAGAAGGCCUUCCACGCCCUCCCUUCCUACCUGAACCACCUGAGCAACCUCCUCCUGUGGAGGCUGCUGCCGCCGAACGCGGACUGGAGACAGUACGGAAUAACGCUCUACAGCCGCCCCUGGGGAGCCCUGCUCUUGGCCCCUGAUGAGCUGCUCUGUCCCCGCAGCUUGGAGAGCAUCCGGCAGUGCGGCGUGGCCCUCUGCAUCGUGCUGGGCGUCUCCGUCCUGGCCGCCUCCAUCGGCAGCGCCGUGGUCAGGGACCGGGUGACCGGAGCCAAGAGGCUGCAGCACCUGAGUGGCCUGGGCUACGGGGCCUACUGGUUCGCUAACUUCCUGUACGACAUGCUCUUCUAUGCGGUCUCCGUCGGCCUGUGUGUCGCCGUGGUCGCGGCCUUCGGGUUGCCAGCCUUCACCUUCCGCGAGAACCUGGCGGCCACAGCCCUCCUGCUGAUGCUGUUCGGGUACGCGACCCUCCCGUGGAUGUACCUGAUGUCCGGGCUCUUCCCCAGCGCGGACGUCGCCUUCAUCGCCUACGUCUCGCUGAACUUCGUCCUGGGCCUCUGCACGCUGCUCAUGACCACCAUGCCCCGGCUGCUGGCCAUCGUCACCAGGGCUCAGAAUCUGCAGACCAUCUACGAGGUCCUCAAGUGGGUGUUCACCCUGUUCCCCCAAUUCUGCCUGGGCCAAGGCCUGAUCGAGCUCUGCUACAACCAGAUCCAGUUCGACCUGAGCCACAGCCUGGGCGUCGGCACCUACGCCAGCCCCUUCCGGACGAGCUUCCUGCGCUGGGCCUUCGUGCUGCUGGCUGCGCAGGGCACGGCGCUGCUGCUCCUGCGGCUGCUCCUGCACGGGGACGCGGUGCGGAGGGCCAGGAGGCGCUCGGCCAUCCAGGGCACAGUCACAGCCUGUGCAGACGCCGAUGUGGAGGCGGAGCAGGUGCGGGUGCUGAAGGGAAGAACCGACGGGGACUUGCUGGUGCUCUGCAACCUCAGCAAGAGCUACGGACGCUCCCGGCGGCCGGCCGUGCAGGACGUGACCCUGGGCCUGCGGAGUGGGGAGUGCUUCGGGCUCCUGGGCCGGAACGGGGCCGGGAAGAGCACCACGUUCAAGAUGCUGAGCGGGGACGAGGCCCCGAGCGCAGGGCACGCCGUGGUCAGGACGCCCACGGGCUGCCAAAGCAUGUUGACGGACGAGCCCAGCUCAGGGAUGGACCCCUGCUCGAAGCGGUUCCUGUGGAAAACGAUCACCAAGGAAGUUCAGGAGGGCUGCGCCGUGGUGCUGACCUCGCACAGCAUGGAGGAGUGUGAGGCCCUGUGCACGAGGCUCGCCAUCAUGGUGGACGGCAGCUUUAGGUGCCUGGGCGCCCCCCAACACAUCAAGGACAGGUUCGGGGCCGGCUACACCGUCCGCGUGUGGGUCUGCGCGGGAGGAAGUCAGCGCGCGCUCUCCGACCGCCUGCAGCUGCGCUUCCCGGGAGCCCGGCUGAAGGGGCAGCGCCUGAACGUGCUGGAGUAUCACGUGCCCGCGGGGUGGGCCUGCCUGGCUGACCUGUUCCAGCUGCUGGAGGACAGCAAGGCCGCCGGGAGCAUCCGCCACUACGCCCUGGCCCAGGCCACGCUGGAGGAGGUGUUUGUUGAUUUUGCUGAGCAGCAGUCGGCUCCCCCAGCGCCUCCUGACCCGCCUGCCCAGGGCUGCCAGCCCCAGCCCCUGCCUGUCUGA